UUUCUUUUUGAUCUACAUUGUAAAGAUAGAAGAUCAAACAUGGGUCGCCGCCCAGCAAGAUGCUAUCGUUACUGUAAAAACAAACCAUACCCAAAAUCGCGUUUCUGUCGCGGUGUUCCAGAUCCCAAGAUCCGUAUUUUCGAUUUGGGUAGAAAGAAGGCUUAUGUAGAAGAUUUUCCGCUGUGCGUUCAUCUUGUGUCCGAUGAAUAUGAACAAUUGAGUUCAGAAGCACUGGAAGCAGGUCGUAUUUGCUGUAACAAAUACAUGGUGAAGUUCUGCGGUAAAGAUCAGUUCCACAUCCGAAUGAGAUUGCAUCCAUUCCAUGUCAUUCGCAUCAAUAAAAUGUUGUCCUGUGCCGGAGCUGAUAGGCUCCAAACUGGAAUGCGUGGUGCUUUCGGCAAGCCUCAAGGAACUGUUGCUCGUGUUCGUAUUGGUCAACCAAUCAUGUCUGUCCGAUCAAGCGAUCGUUACAAGGCACAAGUUAUUGAAGCCUUACGUCGUGCUAAGUUUAAGUUCCCUGGUCGUCAAAAGAUCUUCAUCUCAAAGAAGUGGGGUUUCACAAAAUACGAUCGUGAAGACUUCGAAACUUUGAAAGAAGAGAAACGUUUCUUACCUGACGGUGUCGGAGUUCAAUAUCUUCCUGAUCACGGAACAUUGGAACGAUGGGAAAAGAUUCAAGCCAACCAAUCUUAUCUAUAAACAAAUUCCUCAAAACACUUCAUGGAAUGAUUUGUAUUCACUAAAAAGAUAUCGGAAUUUAACACCAUUUCUGAAAUAAACUAAAGCUAAGAAAAUA